CCCAACGGUAUCGAUCUCGCCUUUAACUUUGGCGAUGACGCUGGUGCGCUCGAAAACUUUGACUUUGACUCAUUUUUGCAUACGGGAAAUGACAAUGACGCUUUUGGCAAUCUGGUCAGCGACUUUGAUUUCCCGAACGCGGUCGAUGCAUAGCGCACUUGGAAAAUCCAAGUGUUCGAUUGCCCUUUCGCUUAGUCGAUCGGUCGGCGCCCUGUUGGUGGUUGGCCUUUUGUUGUGGUGGAACAAAAACAAAAUCCUGUUUUCAUAUACCCGUGUUGUCUCUUACCAAAGACCACCACCCUACAUCGAUCGCUUUCUCAUCUCUUCUCUCUUAUUGGAGCAUACGGGGCUUAGGGCUUAAGGGCUUAAGGGGAUUUAGUCUUCGGGCGGUUCGUUCUAAACCCUUUCUCUGUUCGUCAUAUGGGCGUUAUUAUCUGUUGGCGUCUUGCUUGCUAUGUUCUGCCGCUUACGUACGGAACUUACCUUGCUUAUGCUAUCUAUGUUUGUUUGGCCUCUUCUGGCCAUUUAGCUUUUCUCCUCACAUAUCGCUACCUACUACCACAAUACUCUAUUUCCUUGUCUUGUUCGAAUUUGCUUUCUUGCUGCUGCUGCUGCCUUUGUUAUGUUUGCACUACAACAACGCAUCUUUUUUUUUUCUCUUUCUCUUCUUCUUCUUCUCUUGCAUCCAUUCGCUAUCUACGGCUGUCUACACUAUGUGUAAUGGUAGACGUCCUUUACCCUUUUUUUUUCGUGAGUGUGGGUGUGUUUUGCUUAUAGUUUGUUGUUGUUGUUUCUCGAUGUUCAUGUUCAUGUUCAUGAUCAUGGACGUUUGGACGUGGAAAGUUGGAAAGAAACGAGAAGAGGAAUGAAGGAAGACUGAUGUAGCCGUGGAAAGUGUGCUAGGGGAAGGGACGAGUAGAGGAGAAGGGGGUGAGAGGGUUCGUUUAGAAAAACCCGUUGCUAUACCAUUAUAUUUUUCUUUUAUCUUGUUUCGAUGGCGAUUGGAGGGAGGGGGGAGAGAGACGAAGAUGUGUGGGAGAGAGGGAGAGCGAGGCGAGAAUCAGUGGUCAGCUUUUAUAUAUAUCAUUCGAGAUGACUUAAUGCCAGAUAUAAGUUCUUUUC